UAGUACGAUACUGCAAGUACGAGCACGUUCGUACCGUACCGCCUCGUGAGUGCAAGACAAGACAACAUAACAGAGAUCAUUCAUUUGGUCGUUUUCUCAUUUCCAAUCGUACAGUACCKUACUGUACGGUACCGUACGUACAGUAAACCCCUCCAGUACAGUAAAGAACUUACGCACGAGUACAUAGUACCGCAACGCUGCUCACAUCGAGCUCGCAACCAACACAUGCCGCUAACGCCCAAAAAAGGUGAGCAAUCCGAAACAGAUUCCUCGUCGUCAUUCGUCACCGGAACUCUUGCUACCGCUAGGGUCCCUUGCGAUAUUGUAGCUUCGAUCUCGAGCAACAACAACCACCACAACCACCACCACCACCUCAAACGCCACUCCAUUCGCUGCACCGACACCAUGGACGGAGGCACACCCGCCGACGAAGGCACAACCGACGACCCGGCGGCCCCCGGUUCCAGCCUCUCGACCCUUCUCGUUGCCCUCCUGACCCUGGCCGUCUACCUGUUCUUCCUCAAGCCGACGGCGGAAGAACGGAACGGCACGGGGGCAGCGGAGCGGAGGCGGCAAGCGGGGCAGGAAGACGACCCGCGGCGGCGGCCCGCCCGGAGGCCCCGGCAGCAGCAACAACAACAUCAGCAGCAACAGCAGCAGCAACAACAGCAGGCCCAGGCCCCCCGCCGGAGGACCCCCGGGCUCUCCGAGGCCGCGGCCGAGGCCCUGGCCCCCUGCCGGAGGCUUCCGCCGCACCUGGUGUCGGGGCAGCCUUCUCCUUCGGCCGCGGGCAUCAUCGGCGGGGGGUCCUUCCUCUCGGACAACGGCCUCGUCUCCUUUUCCCACACGAGGGCGGCGGCGGAAGCCCGCAAAACCGCCGGGGACGAGGAAGGACUCGCUUCCGSCCGCAAAGAGCGGGCCCGGAUCCUGAGCCGCCUCUUUGCGGCCCUGGAAAAAACMRGCAGGGCACCGGYGGCGGCCGUCCCCUCCAGGGGUUCCGUCUUUGUCCUGGGGGUCUCUUUGCAGAGGCACCUGGAGGACCGAGCGCAGCGCUCUUCGGUGGCCCGGGCCGUCCGGGGGCUGGCGGCGCACUACACGGUCCUGGUCGUGGUKGCGGUGGAGGAAAACAAGGGCAGAAGCAAGGGCGGCGGCGAAAGCGGGUCCCUCGUGGCCGAGACCCAGGAGGCCCACGAAACAGUGGUGGGCCUCCUCCGCGGGAACGCCAAUGGCAAUGGCGACGGCAAUGGCGACGGCGACGGCGAAACCCGGACCAGCGGGGUCCCCGAAUCGGUCCUACCGGCCCACCGGAUCCUCCUGGCCUCGUCGGUCCUCGGCCGGGUCGCCCUGGUCCGGCAGCUCUCGUCCAACAUCGGCCUGACGGUCGACUUUGAUCCCGAGGCCAGGACCCAGCUCGAGCGCUUUGGAUACAAGGUGGCCGUCGUCGACGACUGGACGGCCGUUCUCUAGGCGCUCUCGGGGGAAACGCGACGCGAAAUCCGCGAACGCAAAACAAGGUUCGAUCCGGGCACCGCACCGGCUGGCUCGAAGGCGUCUCGUGUGUUCCGUASAGCACCGUACYKUACGAGGCCRCGACAAAGACUUCCUCGCAAGACUUUCCACACGACUCUCAUAGGAGGAACGAUGGGUCUCAUUGGCUCUACAAUUGGACCACAUUCAUCGAGACCGCCAAGCCAUUCCAAAUCAUCGAUCGAUCACCGGGGCAAGACUCGCUUUUUGCGUCCUGCUUUGGUUGUCCGAACGCAGACGACCCCAAGUUCCCUUUCGAACGCAGGUUUUUGUCGCUACUAUCCGCAUGCGCACGAGUGUGGAGCAAAWACGCAAGCAUUGGUCGAGAUGGWAUGCCCGGCCUGCCGGUUGAGGCGUAAAAUAAACCCAAUGAUAAAACCGAUAAAAACAAUGAUGAUGCCUAAAUUAUUACUGUACACCAGUUGUAGGCUAGAAUUGGGAUGGUAUGCAAGGAGCGAUGAAGAAUUUUGUGUGCCUCGUUGGACUCGCCUGCAAGACUGGUUUUGUGGGACCGUAUUCGCAAUGGUUUCUCGUACGUGCUACAAAACACACGUCGUCGAGAAUCCAAUUUUUGUUUGCGUCGCAACGGCCUCGUGCUGUCGACCCUCGGCCGCGACCAACGAGGAGCAGCCGGAACGUCUCGGACCG